AUGUCUCCGGCUUCACACCAAUCUCCAAACGCUAUACCUCCCCGCCGCAGCUCCUCCGGCUGGCACUCCCAUACCUCAAGUACCGAGAAUCCUACAAGACCAGCACUCAAGCCUGUUCCUGAAGCAUCUUGGAUGGCUUCAAGCAGUCACAGUAGCCUCAAUGGUGUAGAAACCAAUCAUUUGGAUCCAGCUGUCAUAUCCACGAAUCCGCAACAAAACUCGAAGUACCCAACGACAUUGACACCGUCCUCCGCUCAACAACUUAGCUUCGACGCUGCUGCCUCCACAGUAAUACACAAGCACGGCACUACCUGGUCACUCCAGAAAGAAAAGAUUCUCAUGGGACCCUACGACUAUAUGGUCGACCACCCGGGCAAAGACAUCCGCAAACAAUUGAUCGGCGCCUUCAACGCCUGGCUGAAAGUUCCUGCUGCCUCCUUGGGGAUCAUCACCAAGGUUGUUGGAAUGCUCCACACCGCCUCAUUACUUGUCGAUGACGUCGAGGACUUCUCGUUGCUUCGCCGAGGUGUGCCCGUUGCGCACUCGAUCUUUGGGACCGCGCAAACCAUCAAUUCGGCGAAUUAUGUCUACUUCGCUGCCCUACAAGAACUUGUCAAGCUAGGAAACCCAAAAGUCAUUAAGAUAUAUACAGACGAGCUUUGUAAUCUACACCGAGGUCAAGGCAUGGAUUUGUUCUGGCGAGAUACCCUGACGUGUCCGACCGAGCAAGACUAUCUGGAGAUGGUGGGCAACAAGACCGGCGGGCUGUUCAGAUUAGCUGUACUUCUCAUGCAGGCGGAGAGUCAAAGUGAGAACUUCAAUGGCCUUUUGAGGCUGACCCAUUUCUACAGAGACUACAUCCCCCUCGUCAACACCAUAGGCCUCCUGUUCCAAAUCCGCGACGACUACAUGAACCUCGCCUCGACCACCUACGCCGACAUGAAAGGCCUCUGCGAAGACCUCACAGAAGGGAAAUUCUCAUUCCCUAUCAUCCACAGCAUUCGCUCCAACCCAAACAACCUCCAACUCAUCAAUAUCCUGAAGCAGAAGACGACGGAUAAUGAGGUCAAACGCUAUGCGGUCAAGUAUAUGGAGAAGACUGGCAGUUUCGAGUAUUGUAGGACUGUAUUGAGGGAGUUGGAGGGGAAGGCUUUGGGGAUGGUUGAGGAGAUUGAUGGUGGGUCGGGGUCGGAAGGGGGGGGAGGCGAGGCGUAUGGCGAAAGUAUGGACUGA